ACAAAUCAGAUCCUGAUGAAUUGGCAGGUGAUUUGUCUGUUCAAGUGGAUACAGUUAUGGCUAACGGAAGUCAAUGCCUGAUUGUGGCCGCCUUCGACUUCGGAACCACUUACAGUGGAUAUGCAUUCUCCUUCAAUGACUCUCCACAUGACGUAAUAAUUAACAAGAGUUGGGCUGCCGGGUCUGGUAAACUCAUCUCUCUUAAAACACCAACCAGUGUUCUUCUCAAUGAGUAUGAUGAGUUCGACUCCUUUGGAUUCGACGCCGAGGAUAAGUAUUCAUCUUUGGCAGAGGAAGAAAAACACCAUGGUUGGAGACUGUUUAGAAGAUUUAAGAUGGUUCUACACAAUCAGCGCAUUUCGCGUUCAGCAACAGUUGAAGAUUUGGAAGGUGAACCUUUCCCAGCAAAACCGAUAUUUACGAUGUCGCUCAAGUAUCUACUGCAGCACCUUUUGGACGCUUUGAGUAUGCGUACAAUUGGGACGAGAGAAACUGACAUCAAAUACAUAAUUACUGUACCAGCUAUCUGGGGCGUAGCAGCCAAACAGUUCAUGAGAGAAGCAGCGAUUGAGGCUGGAAUCGAUGGAGACCGUUUAAAAUUGGCCCUGGAGCCCGAGGCAGCCGCAGUCUGUUGUGAGGCCCUCGGUCACACGUUAGUGGGACACAAGUUCAUGGUCGUCGACUUAGGAGGUGGAACAGCUGACAUAUCUGUCCACGAAAAACAAAGUGAUGGCUCACUGAAGAAUAUUCACGCCCCUAGCGGCGGUCCUUGGGGCGGAAUAUAUGUCGAUGCAAAUUUCAUAGAGUUUAUGGCAGAAUUAUUUGGGACAAUGGCCAUUAAUGCCUUACAAAGUAAAGACAUGUACGAUUACUUUGAUAUGAUUCGUGACUUUGAGGUAAAGAAGAGGAAGUUCGAGUUUGAUUCUCAGUCCGACAUCACAUUUCGCAUCCCAAUUAUACUCAAGGAAAUUUCAGAGGAGCAGUGUCAUCAGUCUUUAUCCGAGCGACUGGCAUCUUUGAAAUACGGGAGGAAGGUUUUCACUAGAGGAAGAGAUAAGCUUGGUGUCAACUCGUCAAUCAUACAAAAUUGGUUCACAGAGCCCGUUUCCAAGACGGUGAAUCAUAUAAGCAGAGUUCUUAAAGAACAACGAAUGAAAGAUGUUGGUCUUAUCGUCUUAGUUGGAGGGUUUGCGGACAGUCCUUAUGUCCAACAGAGGUUUCGGCAAGAACUUCCUGAGAAACAGCUGAUCGUUCCUGGUGAGGCGGGUCUGGCUGUGCUGAAAGGAGCCGUGAUGUUUGGACAUAAGCCUGAUAUUAUUUCAUCCAGGGUUAUGGAUCACACGUAUGGGGUAAAAAUAAAUGAAAUAUAUGACGAGGAAAAACAUCCUAUCGACAAAAAGGUAUACAGACAAGGAGAAUGGAGAGUCGAGAACUGUUUCGAGAUAUUUGUAAGAGCAAAUGACGAUGUUCCAGUUGAUAGCAAGGUGACACGCAACUUUACGCUGUCUGAUAACCCCGAUUACGUCGUUAUACACCGAACACAAAACGAAGACCCAAUCUUCACAACAGAAUCUGGCUGUGAUAUCCUAGGAACACUUGCAGUUGAUGCUGAAAUUGGAAUUCCUCUGCUUGAACAGGAAAUUCAAGUAACGUUCAUGUUCGGCGACACAGAUCUACAUGUGUUGUGUACACAUUUCAAUACUGGAAUCGUGAAGACGCUUACACUUAACAUUUGCAAUUAAAGUUAUUACUUUAUAUAAACUAUUGAACAGUAUUAUAAUGUUGAUAUUCAUUUGAAAAAAGAGAGUAUGUUUUACAACUUCCAUUUUUUGUAAACAUUCAAUAUUUUGAAGAAUUAUAUAUUAUAUUGUAAACCCUCUCUUCCUCCCUCCCUCCAUCCCUACCUUUGUCUUUCUGAGAUAUCACUAUUGAUGCUUGUUUUCUUCACAUAUAAAUGACAUUAAUAAUAUGAAUUGAAAAAAAUGUCCUUUAAUUAAUUUUUACUUUACAAGGUAUCA